AUGGAUCAAAUGAGUAGUAAGGAGCUUUUGAAUAGGAUCAACAUGUAAUUGAAAUCAGCAGUUACUGUAUAUGCCAAAAUCCAAUUGGUGAAUUAUAUACUCAAUUCGAGUCCAGAAUUCAUAGACAUGGUUGGAUAAUCAAGUUCAAUGAAGAUGAUUACUUAAUAUUUGAGAGAAUCUUUGAAAUGCAUUUAGGGUAAUGAGGAACUUGUGGAUAAAAUAUUUAUGUUGUUGUUGAGGAUGAAUUUAAAUGAUUAAAUGCUUCGAGAAUCUGAAAUGGGACUUUUGUUAAUUAAAAUAAAGGAUAAGAGAUUAUUUGAAGAUCAAAGAGCAAAUAUGAAUGAUCACAUCCAAUAAAAAUGGCUGAAAAUUUAUGCUAUGUAUAGAAGUGGAUUGGAAGAUUUAAAAAAAAAUAACAAUUAGAAGGAUAAAUAUGAAGAGCGCAAAAAAAAAGUGAAAAGGAAUCAAUCAUCAAGUUCCAAUGACUCAUCCAAUAAAAGGAAAAAGAAUAAAAAGAAAAAUGUUAGGUAUGUUUUGAGUAUUGAAUUUCAUAGGUUUGCAAGAGAUGACAUUCUAAUGAAUUACAAAUAUUUUAAAAGGGAUGAUGAACCUAAUCAAAGAGGAAUGUCUAUAGAAGAAGUGUUAGCUUUUCAAAAAUUAUAUUCAGUGGAACUUAAAAGACUGAAUCAAAUAAAUGGCUAUGAUAUCAAACACAGAGAAUCCAUGAUGGAAGGACAAGAACACAAACUCCAAUUAGAUAAUAUCCAAUAAAUGAUCGAAUAAAUUCCCUUUAUUAAACCUUUUAAAUUACGUCCAACCUUUUUAGAAGCAUACGAUACCAAUUUCAAAGAAACUCAAAAAUAAUAAACGAGAACAGAAUCCAAAAUGUCAGCCUUCUAUAAUCGAGAUAUCCCUGAACAGCCUGGGUAUAGUGAAAUUUCCAAUACGCAAUCAGGAAUGCAACCCAGAACCAUUCAUUUGGAUCCUCCCAAGAGAGAAGACCUUGUUUUUAUGGUACAAAUCAUCUGCAAUCGGGGAUUCACUGAAUUGGAGGAGAAGCACAAGAAUGCCAAUAAAAAAUAAAUCAAAGGAAUUUUGAAAAAACCUCAAGUUGAAUAAUCCAAUUAGAAGGAUAUCAUGUUGAAUCAGGCAAAGCAGGAUCUCCAACCCAAGAUGCAGCAAUUGGUUCAGAUGGUUGAGCAGAAACAAAACCAUAGCCAGGAAAGCAUUCUCACUUUAUUACAUGAUAUUAUAUAAAAAUUAAAGGAAAUUGGUGAGGAAUAAUAUAUAAAAAAUUUUAAAUCAUUCCUUGAAACUAAGUUGAAUGACAAAUAAUCAAUUAUAACUGAAUAAGAACGCAUUAAAUCUCAAUAAGAAUAAUAGAGAACUCGCAUUGAACAAUUAUAAACUAUCAAUCCCAUUCAGGCUCAGAGGUUGAGAGCCUACAAAACCAAGCAUUGUCACAAUUUUCAUUCCUCCAUUGGAUGCACAAGAGGAGAUAAUUGUAAUUUCAUACAUGACUCUCGUUAUCCAGGAAGACCUGCUCCAAUUCUUCAAAAUCCCAAUUUCCUUAACAAAACCCUCUAUCCCUAGUCCCCUAUGCAAUCAAUCAUUCCCCCCUUGCUCCAAUAGCUAAACCCUGCCUUUCUGCUCGGAAGGCUAAAAAAGUAUGAUAGUUUAUGAGUUGAUAUUUAUUAAAAAUACAUUUAAUAUGCUAAUUUAAACUUCCAUCA